AUGGUCCAUGUGAUAUCAGAGAUCCGACUGCCUAAGAGCAUCAAUCACUCUGUUCUUGCUCAAUUUUUUGUGGAAGAUGAAGAAUGCUUAGUGAUUGCGAAGUUGAACCAGGUGGAGUUCUAUGCGAUAGAGGAGGAUCCAAACGGUAAAAUAAUACUCUCGCUCAGAGACUCAUUGAAUAUAAAGGUUUCAAUUUUAGCUCUAGAGAAGAUUAAGCUCGUAGGCUGGACUCGAGAAGUUGUUAUCAUCGUAACAGAUACAUUUAAUUUGUUAGUCAUAAGUUACGAUGACCAACAAUUUGUCAAAGUUGAAAAUAUAAAAUUUGAUGCAGGUGGACAACAGCAAUUACUAGAAAAAUCACCCAUGAUUGUGGUGGAUCCUCUGAACCAUCCAUCAUAUUUCGUACUUCAUCUUUUUCAAGGAGUUAUCCAGCUAUUUGUGGUACAGGACCCUACUGCUUCUACAAACAAGCGAAUAAAACGAGGGGAGCAGCGUUUGUUUAAAAUUAAGACGUUACCGAUUGGAAGUAUUGUAGUUCAAAAACUAGCAUUAUUGAAACAAGAUAUUAACUCAUUGGCAAUGUUGUACAGAGAUUUCAAUUUCAACUAUUCGAUUAGAUACUAUAAGAUUGAUACCAAGAAAAUGAUAUUAACGCAAACGAAACAAUUGGAAGAGUUCGAACUACCUCAGUCUAAUAUGGUCGCCCUUAAUCAAGGAGGAAUUAUGGUCUUCAACUGUCUACAUCUUUUUUACUUCCCAGGUCCUGGAAUUGCACACUUAAAUUUAUCUGAUAGCAUUGAUUCUUCAACAGUUUACAGUCCGGAAAAGGACGUAGUCACGAAGUCUAUAUCACAAGACUCGAAUGAUGUAGGCGUCUACGAAAGUUUUAAUUCUUGUCUAGUAAUAGAUGACUCACGGAUAUUGGCAAUUACAAAUUCUGGAAAGACAUAUUUGAUCUAUAUCAACAUAGAGAAAAAAAGUAAUACACUGGUUAAGGUAAAUUCAUUUAAUAUGAUAAGUCUAGGAAUGAGUACUAUACCUAAUAGUAUCAACCAUAUCUCUAGAAACGUAUUUUUCGUGUCAUCAAGGUUAUCGCAAUCUAUUUUAUUUGAAAUCUUGCCAAAGGCGCCUUUUAUAAACAUCAACCAGUUCUUUCCUUCCUCUCCUCCAGUUUUAGAUAUACAGUUCUCAAAGAAAAAUGACAAAGUUUCUGCCUUUGUUUGUCAAGGAGGGUACGAAAGUGGUGAGUUUAGGAGAUUACAACAAAAUAAAUUGGAAUGCAGCCUUUUAAGUAAUAUGAAUUGCUCCAGCGGUGAGUUUUUAUCUGUUCUUAAAAAUCAAAACUCGCUUACCAUUAAAGUACUCCACGGUGAAGAUGCUUUUACCUAUUUGAAGGUCGAUCUACCUACUUUUGCCUUAUCUGUGAUUCACGAGGUUCCUAAGGAUAUAAUAGCUUCUGAUUUCAUAGAUGGUCAAAAUGUUGAGUUGGGUGCCUCAAAACUUGAGAUUGGUGAUAAAAGCUUUGUAUAUAAUAUAAAUGAGGGCAAUGUGCUGCAGGACGGCUCUAUUAUCUUCUUCACAGAGGACAGAGAAUUAAUAAUGUUCAGAGGUCCUGUUUUCCUUCACCUGAUUAAGAUGCCAUUGGAAUUACAAAUUGCAAGUUAUGACUUGGUACUGUUAGGAAGCAAUGAGGCAAUGCUUUUAAUAGCUUUUUGGGAUGGUCACAUUGAAUUGCAAAGAAUUUCCUCUGUAGCUAAUGUGGUUAUAGUGAACGAUAAGUUGACACAAAGUGGCUCAAUCUUCUCUUGUGCUCUCUCAUAUGGUAGCGAUAACCUCAAAGAAAUAUGGGUACAUGUGCUGACUUCCGAGGGAUACUUUUUUCAGUCCUGCUAUGAUUGUGAAACAGGCAAAUUAAUUGACUUCAAAAAAAAAGAAUACUGUUUCAAUGGCUUGCCUAUGAAAAUAACAAAGAACACGGAAAAUGAGAUCAUUUUAUUCAAUGGCAGAUGUGCCAAAUUUUCAAAAUACAGUCCCUAUUUAAAGUUUUAUGAGAUUUUUGAGUUGACUGAUCUCGCAGAUUUACGUGAUGUUAAAUUCUUGACCAAAUCUGCAUUUGUGACUAUACUGGACAAUGGAGACUUGAAAAUUUACAAAAUCCUGGACAAAAGCUCUGGUAUUAGCGAACGUGCAAUUUAUUCAAAUUCUCUCAAUAUUAAAUCUAGCAAUAUUCCUAAUAGUGACUAUUCGGUUGUACUAUCUGUUACACUUAGACCGCAUCACUUAACAGAAGAGCUUCAAAAGUUCUCAAGCCUAAAACUUAUUGAUAAUUUAUCUAUGAAAGAAGUCGAUAUUUUUGAAUUUCCUCAUGAGGAAGCUUGGGACCUAGUUGACUUAGUUCCUUUUUCACAUUCAGAGAUUAUUCUUGCUUCCAGUGUAAUUGAAAAUGGAUUCAUUGCUUUAUGUAAUAGUUCCAACAAAAAUGAGCUUGCUUUGUUAUUCCACGUGAAAGACUCCAAAAUCAUACAGCUUCCUAAAGCAGAUGUUGCAGGAUUAUCUAGUUCAUCGGCUCUUUCAUUACAAUCUAUCACUCCUGUCUAUGAAGAUAAACUCUCGUUCAUCGUGUCAGGAAAUAUUUGCUUCGAGCUUACGUUACGGGGUGACUCAGAUGUUUUAGAAUGGGUUGCUUCUCCAAGUAGCUUCAAACCUCCGACUAUCUCGUUAGGACUGUCAUAUCAGGGUAGUAUUUUGGUGUUUGGUGACAUGCUAAAAGGAUUAUUCGGUGGCAUCACUAAUGAAGAUGACGACUUUUCUCAAGUGAGUAUUAAAGAGCUCGAUUGCGAACAUGAACCGGACUUCUUGACCAGUUUUGACUUAAUAUCUAGCAAAGUGCAGAACAAAGUCCAGAAAUUAGCUUAUGGCGAUUCUUUAGGGAACCUUGCAUUACUCGAAAUGAAUACUGAAAAAAAAAUCACUAAGACAAAGAAUAUUAUGGCAUGUAACAUUGGAGACCAAAUUAAUGUUGUAAAGGCUAUUCCCUCCUUCAAUAGUGAUAAGAAGGGUGACAGUGAAACCGUUUCAGAGAUGGGCUUAACAAAACCAGAAGCAGUCAUUGGAACUAGCAAUGGGGCCAUAUACCUUCUAAGUAAUCUUAAUUAUGAUGAUGACAUAGAAGAUAUCCUACUUAGAUGUCAGAGAGAAUUACUUAGUAUCACUAAAGGGGCAGAAAAUGAUUCUAUUGGUAUUCCGCUUGCCAGUGAUUGGAGACUCUUACGGAGAACGGCUUCUGGAGAGUACAUAACUAAAGGACAAUUUGGUUUAAUUGAUGCUAGUUUGAUUAAAAGAUGGUUACUUUUCGAUUAUCUCGGUACAGUUGAGUCAAGAAAUGAAAAUAUUCAGUAUCAAAUACCUAAACUGAAGCAAAAGCUCAAAACUUGCUAUAAGUAUAAGCACAUGUUGCAAAGAUUAAUGUUAGAAGUUGAUGGAUUCUGA